GUCCAGAGAUCCCAGUCAUAGUAUAAGGAAUGUUUUUAGUAGCUUCUACAUCCCUGCUGAAAGUUACUACACUUAAUUUACUAAAGAUACUGCCUGCCCCUUUGCAAACACAUGACCCCUACCUAACUCCAUCCAUUGAAGAGAGAUUUAGUCACCAUGCAGUGUCACAACAAGGAUGACUCACAGAAUUAGUCCUCACACAUGUUGGCGCUCAGCUUGACAGAAGGCAGGCAUCUCCACCUCAAAAGGACCAGUGUGGUCAGAGUGACACAAUUCUUCCUUUCUCAGCACAGCAGGCAGACCACAUCAACCCAGCAAGCCUACCACAGCAUCUGCAUCCCAAUCCAUCUCCACUAAGGACACCGUGGACUUUUAUUGUCUGAGAAAGGAGUGUUCCUGCUACAGAAAACCAGAAAAUGCUCCUUUGGUUGCUAGCCCUGCUGGUCCUCUGCGGGUUUCUGUGGAAUUAUAAAAGACAAAUGAAGAUUGCAGACAUCACUAAUAAGUAUGUUUUCAUCACUGGGUGUGACACGGGUUUUGGAAACUUGGCAGCCCGGACUUUUGAUAAAAAAGGAUUUCGUGUAAUUGCUGCCUGUCUGACAGAAUCAGGAUCAACAGCUUUAAAAGCAGAAACUUCAGAGAGGCUUCACACUGUGCUUCUUGAUGUAACUGACCCAGAGAAUGUCAAAAGGACUGCCCAGUGGGUAAUGCGCCACGUUGGCGAAAAUGGUCUCUGGGGUCUGAUCAACAAUGCUGGUGUUCUUGGGGUACUAGCUCCAACUGACUGGCUGACAGUAGAUGAUUACAGAGAACCUAUAGAAGUGAACCUGUUUGGACUCAUCAACGUGACACUCAACAUGCUUCCCCUGGUCAAAAAAGCUCAAGGGAGGAUUAUCAACAUCUCCAGCAUUGGGGGUCGGCUUGCAUUCUUUGGAGGUGGCUACACUACAUCCAAAUAUGCAGUGGAGGCUUUCAAUGACAGCUUAAGAUUAGACAUGAAAGCUUUUGGUGUGCAUGUAUCAUGCAUUGAACCAGGAUUGUUCCAAACACCAAUGUCAGAUCCGGUAAAGACCGCCGAAAAGAAACUCGCCGUUUGGAAGCAACUGUCUCCAGAUAUCAAACAACAAUAUGGAGAAGCUUAUCUUGAAAGAAGCCUCAGCAAGCUGAAAUGCACCAAGUCUUUUGUGAACCCAGACCUCUCCCUGGUAGUGGAGUGCAUGGAUCACGCUCUCACCAGUCUCUUUCCCAAGACCCGUUACGUGGCUGGAAAAGAUGCCAAGACUUUCUGGAUUCCUCUGUCUCACAUGCCAGCUGUUUUGCAAGACUUCUUAUUGUUGAAACAGAAAGUCGAGCUGGCUAAUCCCAAAGCAGUGUGACUCAGCUGCCCAUAAACACCUGCCUCAGGCUCGAAAGUUGGACAAUGACAAAGAUACAGCUCCUUCUCAGUCUCAUCUAUCUGAUCUGACCCGGACUCAUGCUUCUUUUGAUAAGUGUCACAUCAUCACAGAUGAUACCACAGAGCCCCCUUCGCAAAGGAAGGCAAGGACACACAUUCAAGAAGAGCAACAUUCAUGGCUUUGUCUGCGUGGUGUGAGGCGAGGGAACCUGAAAGGCUGUCCCAUCUGAAGUGAUCUCCAGCUUCCCUCACUCUUGUCCUCACCACUUUGAGUAGCUCUAGAAUGUAAAAUAGUUACCCCUUCCUUAUCAGAACAAUUAGAAAUUUGCAGAUUACUUUCAUAAGGGAAUGAGAUGAGUUCUCGCUUCUAGCUGAGAAUGAGACUGCAGGGCUGGAGCUCACGUCUGUAGAUUUCGACUGGAGCAGGAGGAGGAGAGGCAGUGAAGCACUGUCUGGGGAAAACUAUGAGCUGUAGCCAAUGUUAAGUAGGGCUGCAAAUGGGAGACAAGGGAAAAUAAAGGAGUAAGGGGAAUGGAAAAAGAGGGAAAGAAAGAGAGGGAAAGAAAAGAAAGGGGGUCAGGCGGUGGAGCACCUCGUUAAGCGCUCAGAGUGCAUUGCACAUGGACACGGGUUCAAGCCUCUGGUCCUCACGUGUAGGAGGAAAGCUUCACGAGUGGUAAAGCAGGGCUGCAGGUGUCUCUCAGUCUCUCUCCCUCUCUAUCUUCCUUCCCCUCCCUUCCCUCUCAAUUUCUGCCUGUCUCUACCCAAUAAUAAAUAAAUAAAAAUAUUUUUUAAAAAAGAAGAAAGAAA